AUCUACAUGCCCAAUUAGGAAGCAGUUUGCUGAUAUAAAAAGAAUUCAAAGCAAAGAGGAACCGAAGGUAAGCGGCAAAUACUAUCUGCGUCGCCGGGCUGAAAGCUGAAAAGUAUCGAUUUUGCGGCAUUAUUUUCUGACGAAGAGCUUGCUUGUGAUAGCUGCCUGCGGCUCUUAGUUCACAAAUUGUCUAAUUAUUUAGCACUGCGGAUAUGGUAAUAAAUAGCAAUAAAGCCGGAGUGCCAGCAGCACCUCCACAUGAACUUCAUGUGUGGAAAUUUGCAGAGUCUAGAGCUCCUGAGAUUGAGGGACUGCAUUCUGUUAUUGCUGAUCGUAUGGAUAACAAUUUCAAAUCUCAAAGGAACAAGAGGAGGAGAACUACUGGACAUGAUAAUCGAGUUGCAAGAAAGAAGUUCAGAAAGAGAAGUAUAGAUGGAUUAGGACCUGCAGGAAAAAUUGAUUCUACGGGGAAUGAUGAAAAGAAAGUUUCUCGCCGUGUUCGGAGGAAUGUUGAACUUAAGAAGAACCUCCCAACUGGUUACGUUACUUCAGGGGAUGGGACCAAGAGACUGAGAACGCAUGUAUGGCAUGCAAAGCGGUUCAAAAUGGAAAAACUUUGGGGAUUUUAUAUUCCUCUUGGCCUUCAUGGGAGAGGACGAGGUUCCAGGGCUCUGUUGAAAAAAUUAAAAAAUGGAGUGCUUGUGCACGAUGCAAGUUACCAUGGUGCAAUCCAGUUAGAGGGUCCACAGAAAACGCUGAUAUCAGUUCUAAGUUCUGUGCUAGUGCCUUCUCCAUCAGAUUGUUGUGAAGAAACUUUGCAUGAUGUUCUUGUGGGCAAUAUCUUUGGAACCGCUAUGCUUCAUGAUUCUGGAAAACCUAGUUUGCCUACUAUUGCUCCUGUGACCUACAUGUGGCGGCCUAUGCAGCAGAUAUCUACCAACGUAGAUGAGCUUCGCAAGGAAGUUUCCUGUGAAGGUCCUAAUAUUGAUAACACCACCUCUAUCCGCCAGCUCUGGUUGUGGAUACAUGCUGCCUCUUUUAAAGAAGCAUAUGAUUCUUUGAGUUUAGCAUGUGAAACGAAUACAGAUGGGACUUGUUCAGCUCAAUGCGUUUCUCGAGAGGGACAGCUUGCAAAAUUGGAAUUGAUAGGCACAAAGGUAUUUCAGUUGCUGCACAAGACAUUGCAACCUGUUAAGCUUAAUUCGGAGAACCCUUGGCCUGUGAAGAAAUGUUCAGCUCAUGAGCAUGAUGAUGCUGUGGAAUCUGAAAAUACGUCCAUCUUUGAGAAUGGACAUCAGAUAUCUUCUUCUGCAGUUCUUUCCAUGGUUGUAAAGGACCCUCGUAAUCUGAUUAAGACUGGGGGUGUGGCUGUUUCUGAUGGAGAGAACAUUGAUUUAUUAGGUAAUGAAUACCAGAGUAAACAGCAAACAUCAGCGCCUAACCAUGAAGCUGAAUUUGAACACGAGUAUGGUGAUUUAUGGGAUGCUAGCAAAGUUGUAGACCCUCCAGUGGAAGAAAGUGUUUUAUGUGCUGGCAAGCAUCACCAGCGGAAGGAGUUCUUUUGCCUUGGCCAAAAAGGUUCUGGGUCUCAAAACAAAACUAUUGAUAAAAAUUCCACCAGAUCGUGUCCUGUUUUGCUUUUGAAAAAUGGAAUUUUUGAAGAUUCUGUUACAAGGUGCUCUCUUAUAAUACCUCUAAGUUGGGUAAAGGCAUUUUGGAAUACUUUUGUAUCGAAUGGUGCUUAUGCUAUAGGCUUAAGAGAGAAGCACUGGGUUGCGGGUGAAAUUGGAUUGCCGUACUUCCCCUUGGACUUUCCCGACUGCAAUGCAUAUUCAGAUUUUAUGGAAAUGGAGGCAGCCACAGUCAACCAAAAAGCUAUGCUUGUUCCUCCUUCUAAGAGGCCACUGAAAGUUCCUAUACCACCUCCAUGGGACUGCAUGGUCUACAAUUUUGGGAAGAAAUUGACUGAAGCUGGAAAAAUUCAAGCAGAUAUAUGUAGAACUCAAGAUGAAAAAAUUGAUGACAUGGAGACAAACUCUGCCUCUGAAAAAUCAAAAGAUAAUGUUUCUGAUUGUCAGGCUACUCCGUUUGAGGGUAUUGUAGCAAGGACUUCAUGCAUGCUGAAUGAUUUCCUAGAUAAUAUCAGUGGCAAUCGUUUGUUAUUCCCUAGUAUACAUGGUGUUGAGAAUUGCUUGCAUAAGUUAAUGAGGAACAAAGAUUUUCUCAAACAAGACAUUGUGAUGUCAGAAAUGAAGUCCAGAAAACCACCUUGCUUUGUUCGAGUACUUCUGCGUGCUUUUAAGGAAGGCGUUUUUGAACAGGGAGCAGUGGUUUGUGCACCCCUUGCUACUGACAUACAUUUAUGGACUGCUAGCUCAGAAAGCAACGACGAACCACUUCAAAUAACUCAAUCUUCAGUUAUGUCAUACUUCAUGCAGUCACCUUCCGGUAAAUGGGAACUUCAGAUACCUGAGGAUCAAGCUCUCUCAUCCCAUAGAUUGCCCAUUGGCUUUGUUACGACUGGUUUUGUUCGAGGAAGCAAGAAGGCCACAGCAGGGGCUCUUUGCGAAGCGAGCGUACUUUCCAGGCUUCGGGAGGAACAAUGGAGAGAUGUACCUGUAAGGCGGAGAAGGAAAGAGAUCUAUGUUCUGGUUAGAAAUAUGAGAUCCACAGCCUAUAGACUUGCGUGUGCUACCGUUGUUCUUGAGCAACAGGAACAAGACACCAAUUUCAUGUGACCUAUUGUCUACGAUUACACAUGUCUCACUGUCCGAGUUACAUGGUUUGUGAACGCACUUUUAGACACGGAUCAAGUACUACCAUCUGAUAAUAUUUUGCUCCAUUCUUACGGUUGACUAGUUUAUUUUAGGAAGAGACUGAUGUUGUCCAUUUAAUUACGUUUCACAGUUAGUCUGUAGGGCAAGCUUCGGUAAAUGGAAUGAACCUUUCAACUCUCGUCUGUGGAUUUGGAGGAUGUUCUCUACUUUCAGGCAAUCAAUGGAUCAGUUUAAUAGUUUCUCCACACAUAUUCAACUUGUUCCCCAUUCUUGCUGGAUUUUCGAGCUUUGUUAAGACCUUACAUAUUAUGUAUCAGCAGACAGCCGAUCACCAAAACACCAAAUUCUUGAACUUCUCUUUUGAAGCCUUUUCCAGUCUCCAGUCGUUCUUCGUCUUUGGGGCCACCAACGCCCGAGAUGAGCCGUGGUUGCAUAUCAUAAGAGGUGAUAUAACUGUAGUUGAUUUUAUUCAUUAUUUUUUUUCUAAAUUAAUUUUAUUAGGCUAGGCAAUUCGUGUAUAAUAUUGGAUGGAAUUCGUGUAACUUUUUGUUAAAGGAUUGUAAUUUAGCAUUAAUUAGAAAAUUAUAGGUAACAUGUUACAGCAGCAA